UUGAAAAUCAAAGCAAAGGGGUUUUACAUGCAAGCAAAAUGUGCAACAGAUCCUUAGUGGAGUGUGUACUAGCAUUGUUGUUCAUUUGGAAAGAGAAGAGGGAUCAGCAAAAUUGGAUCUGUGGAGCCCUAAAACAAAAUAUAGAUUGUUUGUCCUCCGAUUCCUCAGUUGUAUUCGCUGAAUCCUCAUACUGAAAACUCCAUGGCCAACGAAGGAGACUCUGAAAACCCUAGAUUCUUUGUAGCCGUACACGUCGGUGCUGGAUUUCACGCACCGUCCAACGAGAAACAUCUACGCUCUGCCAUGAAACGUGCCUGCCUCGCUGCCGCUUCUGUUCUCCGCAAGUGUUCUGGUGGAUGCUUGGAUGCUGUUUCGGCUGCCAUUCAAGUGUUGGAGGAUGAUCCAAGCACGAACGCAGGCCGAGGUUCAAAUUUGACAGAAGAUGGUCACGUGGAAUGUGAUGCCAGUAUUAUUGAUGGCGAUUCUGGAGCAUUCGGGGCUGUUGGCGCAGUGAGAGGUGUCCGAAAUGCAAUCCAGAUUGCUUCUCUUUUGGCCAAGGAACAGAUGACGGGUUCUUCGUUGUUGGGUCGUAUACCUCCCAUAUUCUUGGUUGGUGAAGGUGCAUGCACAUGGGCAAAGUCCAAGGGAAUUAUUUUACCAGCAAGCAUAGCCGAGGCUGAUGAGUGGCUGGUGACAGAAAGGGCAACAGCACAAUGGCACAAAUACAAAAGUAUGCUUGAUGAUGCAAAAGCUACAAAAGACGAUUCUUAUGUGGAUAUGUCUUGUAGUUCUCAAGAGAUUGCUACAAUAUCAGAAAUAGAAGCUCAACCAUGUGAUCCUUCCAAGAGAAAUGGAGGAGGUGGUCAAUCAUCUGCACUUAGUGCAUUGGAAGUGGACUGUAUUAUGGACACUGUUGGAGUUAUUUGCAUUGACACUAAAGGUCACAUAGCAUCUGGAGCCUCAAGCGGUGGAAUUGCGCUGAAGGUUAGCGGGCGUGUGGGACUGGCAGCAAUGUAUGGUUCAGGUUGUUGGGCGUCCUCAAAAGGUCCCUUUGGGGCCCCAUUCCUUGUUGGCUGUUGUGUUAGCGGUGCUGGAGAAUACCUGAUGAAAGGAUUUGCAGCCCGAGAGUGCUGUGUCUCAUCAUCACUAUCACAGGCAGGUCCUGCCUCUGCCUGCACGAAAGUUUUACGCUCCAUUGUUCAAGAAAGUUGUCAAACUGGAACUGAUAGAAGUGCUGGAAUUUUACUGGUGCAAGCUGAUGCUCCUAUAGGGGUUCCUGGAAAUCCACCAAAGCUGAAAGCUAUAGAGAUUGCAGCUGCCUAUACUUCUUCAUCUUUUGGAAUAGGUUAUUUUGGAAGCUCUAUGGAGCGGCCCAAGGUUUCAAUUCUAAGGAGUGAAAAACUGCAAAAUAAAACUGGGAUAGACCAGUUUGGAGCACGGAUUGAUCUCACGGCUGAGGAAUUGUAGUAAUUGGAAUCGAGCAGGGUUGGAUAUGGCAAUGUGGAAUCUGCCACUAGGGAUUGGAUGUCAUUUUCAAGCUUCCAAUCCCAAAAUUUACAUUGUCAAACAAACUAUUAAGGUAAUGUGGAUUAUCACAUCGAGUAAAGGGAAGAAUAGAUAAGUCGUUUUCUCAUGUUUGUGCUAUGUUCUUGAUCAGUUGAUCCUCUGCUUCAAAGUCGAAGUUUUGUUGACAGAGAACAUUCUCAUCUACAUUACAGGAGCAGCUAUUCUGCUCAUGGAAACACUGACCUUAAAAGAGCUAUCAUUUUUCUACGAAAUAUUUAAAAUCUUGGAAUUCCGGCAAAAGUGAAUUUGGGUUUUUUAUUUGUAGUAAAGAAUGGGGAACCUGUGUGGUGAUAUUUUCAUUGACUCAAGAUUUUUGUUAUACUACAGUGGCUAAAGGCAUGACUCCAAAGGGGAUACUCGGUACUGCCCAUUGAAUCUCCUUGGUUUGAGGUUUUGAAUGUUUGGAUAAUUGCUUAUGUUUUUCUAUGACAAAAAAUCGUAACAAAAGGCACAAUCUUAGCAUAGUUAUUUGUGACAAAAAUAGAUCUAUAUCGACUUUCAUCGCUAAAUAUGAAAUUGUGGUUUCAUUAGAAAAGGCUACUUUUUGCGAUUAAACCCUUAGAUAUUAGUUAAUAAGAGAAUGGGAACCGUAACAAAGCUAAAUGGUUGUUAUAUGGCAGCGUCUUUGAUUGUUAUUUUGUUAUGAUACUGAUUUUCUUCAACUUUUGUUGCUAAAUGCAAGUGUUAUUUGUAAUGAAAUAGUCAUAAUGUGAACAUUGCAAAAUUAAACGUAAAAUUGUCAACACGUAAUUUUGUAAUAGUGACAUUGAAUUACCAAUGGACUAAUGGCUCGGUGGUACCAAGCCUACUUUUUGAAAAGAAGUCAGGGUUCAAGUCUGUUGAGAAAAAAAAAAAAAAUAACAAUGACUUUGAAUUACAAUCAUUUUGGGAGGAUAUGCUUCUUGGCCAUAAAUCAUUUCAAUACUUUAAGAUCAAACAAAGCCAUACAUGGUGGCGUAAAAUUGUCAAAAAGUAAUUUUGUAAUAGUGACAUUGAAUUACCAAUGUGCUAAUAGCUCAGCGGUACUAAGCUUACUUUUUUUACUUUUUUUAUAGAGAGGUCAGAGUUU